CAUACGUUGCAGUGAUGCAUGUUCUUUGAACUCAACUUCAAUCUUGUGUGAAACAGUUGGAACAGCCCUCGUGAAUCUGCAAAUAUACUGAUGGGCCGUUCGGUUUCCGACGUUGCUGAGAACAUGAACAUGGAGAUAUCUGGUAGGACGAUCGACGAUUCUCCAUCUGUUUACAGCGUUGGAUUCCCUCCUCGGAUGAACUUGGCGUCGCAGUUUGCCCACAAAGUGAAGGAGAUGUUCUUCGCCGACGACCCUUUACGGCCUUACAAGGGGCAGACGAGAUCGAUGAAGUUCCUACUUGGCCUUCAGUACUUGUUUCCCAUCCUUGACUGGGGACGAAGCUACGAUCUCGCUAAGCUCAAAGGAGAUGUUGUUUCCGGGCUCACAAUCGCAAGUCUUUGCAUCCCUCAGGACAUCGCAUACGCGAAGCUCGCAAACUUGGAACCACAUUACGCAUUGUACACCAGCUUCGUUGCACCUCUGGUCUACGCUGUGAUGGGUAGCUCGAGAGACAUCGCUAUCGGACCGGUGGCCGUCGUCUCGCUCUUGCUGGGGACCCAACUUCAAAACGAGAUCGAUCCCGUGAAGAACCCCGAAGAGUACCUAAGACUUGCCUUCACGGCCACAUUUUUCGCCGGCGUCAUCCAAGCAGCUCUCGGUUUCUUCAGAUUAGGGUUCCUCAUCGAGUUCCUCUCUCAUGCCGCCAUCGUCGGAUUCAUGGCAGGCGCCGCCGUCACGAUUUCGCUUCAACAGCUCAAAGGAUUUCUCGGUAUCAAAAACUUCACCACCAAGACCGACAUCGUAUCCGUCAUGAAAUCCGUUUGGCGUCCCGUUCAUCACGGUUGGAAUUGGCAGACGAUACUGAUAGCCACAGCAUUUCUGACCUUCCUUCUCGUAGCCAAGUACAUUGGAAAGAAGAGGAAGAACCUUUUCUGGGUUUCUGCACUUGCACCACUCGUAUCAGUUAUUCUUGCAACCUUCUUCGUGUAUAUAACUCGCGCCGACCGGCACGGCGUGCAGAUCGUGAGACACAUAAAGCAAGGCAUCAACCCAUCAUCUGCCGGAGAGAUCUACUUCAGUGGCUCAUAUGCAACAAAAGGACUCAAGAUUGGAAUAGUGGCUGGACUUAUAGCCCUGACGGAAGCAAUAGCGAUUGGAAGAACAUUCGCUGCCAUGAAGGACUACCGACUGGAUGGAAACAAGGAGAUGUUGGCACUGGGAACCAUGAAUGUGGUUGGUUCAUUGACUUCUUGCUACAUUGCAACAGGUAAGUGCUGGAUUCCUCUGAGUUCCUGCAAAUCCACGCCAUUGAUAUGGUUUCUUGAAUUGGCAGGCUCAUUUUCGCGUUCGGCAGUCAAUUACAUGGCUGGUUGCCACACAGCAGUAUCCAACAUCGUCAUGUCCGUAACCGUGAUGCUAACCUUGCUGGUGAUCACUCCCCUCUUCAAGUACACCCCCAACGCCGUCCUCGCGGCGAUCAUCAUCUCGGCUGUGAUCGGCCUAAUCGACUACCAAACAGCGUAUCUCAUAUGGAAGGUCGAUAAGUUGGACUUCCUUGCAUGCAUGGGAGCCUUCUUCGGUGUCGUCUUCAUCUCCGUCGAGAUCGGCCUCUUGAUCGCCGUGAUGAUAUCCUUUGCCAAGAUCCUGUUACAGGUGACGAGGCCAAGAACAGCCCUGCUCGGGAAUCUUCCAGGAACUGAGAUUUACCGAAACGUUGAGCAGUAUCCAGAGACGAUCAAAGUUCCAGGAGUUCUCAUCGUGAGAGUUGAUUCUGCCAUCUAUUUCACCAACUCUAAUUAUGCAAGGGAGAGGAUCUUGAGAUGGCUGAGGGACGAAGUGGAGCAAAUAAAAGCCAAAAACCUGCCAAUGAUCGAGUUCUUGAUAGUAGAACUGUCACCGGUGAUCGACAUCGAUACGAGCGGCAUCCACGCUUUCGAAGACUUGCACACUGCCCUCCAAAAGCAUGGUGUUCAGCUUCUUCUUGCAAAUCCUGGGGCUGCGGUGAUCCAGAAGCUGCGCUCCUCUGGGUUCAUCGAGAUCAUCGGCCGCGACAAGAUCUUCCUGACCGUGGGAGAUGCUGUGAAGGCUUGUGCUCCAAAGGCAAGGGAAGGCGUAUGAAGUACCCCAUCAUAUGAUGAUCUAUAUUUCUGAGAGUUCAUGUUCAUCAGAAUCAAGAGAAAAAAUAGUUCAUAUAGUUUGGAUGUAUGUGCGCCAUACUCUCUCUCUUUCUCUCUAAGAAAAAAAAAAGGAGAAAAAGAAAAAUUUGUGUUUAGUUGUUUGCUUCUUGGUACUGUACUGUAUCAAAAUAAGUGUGACUAUAUAUCCAUUUAUUACAUCUAAACUUUACUUUGUUUUCCCAUUCUCAUUCAAACAAAAUAAAGCAAAGUUGAAAGUCUUAUGGCUGUAGUAAA